CUUUCAGUUACUGCAAACGCUUACAACAAAUUCUCUUUCAAAAAAACAUGUCUGAAGUUUUGUCUUCUUUUUGAAAUAUUUUGAAACCGUAUGCUGAAUUCAGUAUGUCAAAAGCGAUGGCCAAACUGAAGAGUUCUGUGGAGGCUUUUUUUCUUCUGGGUGCAAACAGCUGGUGUAAGUGUCUGGUGGGAAAUAAUAUUCUUGGGUUUGAACAUUUCCUUCCAAAGAAGUCCACGAGUGAUGAAGAGGUGUCACUGCAGAUAGGUGCCCAGUGGAUUACAGUUAUCAAUGAGCCUCGGACCGUAAUUAAAAGCUAUAUGGAGGCAUCAUCUAGACGUCCGUGUAUGAUUUUAUUUGUUCUGCAACGUGACCAUGUUUCUCAGAGGGAUGUAGAAACAUUUGCACAUUUUCAGCCAAUGUUCGGAAAGAAAAUGGACGAAAAUACUGUUGUGGUUCUCGUGAGCAGUGAUACUAAGACAACAGCAAGGCCAAACGAGGUAACAAACGAACACCUGGAGAAGGUUCUCUGUCGGAGUGGAAGGAGAGUGUGUGAUUUUAACAAAAAUCUUAAGAAAAGCGACUUCAUCGAAGAGCUGAUUGCGUGUUGGAAGAGUCGGCCCGAGUUGCACAUACACGAGCAUGAAAGCUCGUACAUGUCUGUGGAAAGGAAGAUCUGGAAACAACAGGAAGCAAUGACCCAAGAGCAUAUUUCCGGUAGAAUUCAUAAUAAUAUCAAUGGGGGAAAUUAUUCCAAGUCUGUGGAAAUGGAGACAUGCAGAUCGGAGGAAGAAAUGGCACAAAAGCAUGCAUCAGGAGGCAACCGAGGAGGUAACCAAGCUGCUAUCAAGAAGAAAAACACCUUGACCGUCGUGCUUCUGGGACAGACGGGAAGUGGAAAGAGCGCCACGGGAAACACCAUCCUCAGAAAGCGUCAUUUUGAAUCGCAUGCCAGUUCCGUGCCAGUAACACAGGUGUGUCAGACGGCAGAGGAGACUGUCUGCGGAGUCAAAAUCAGGGUCAUUGACACCCCAGAUUUUUUUGACGAAGAUCUAAAAAACAAGCAAGAACAGAUCAAGAAGUGCAAAGAGCUCACUCAGCCGGGGCCUGAUGUGUAUUUGCUGGUGAUGGAGCUCGGCCGUUACACAGAUGGGGAGAGAGAAAUAGUUCAGAACAUAAAAAGGGCGUUUGGUGCAGGGGUGGUGAAAGAAACCAUUGUUCUGUUCACUAGCAAGGAGAAAUUAAGAGGGAAGACCGUAGCAGAGUACAUUAAAAACACAGACGCGCAGCUGCAAGAGCUGAUUAGAACAUGCGGCUCAAGGUGUCACGCAUUUAACAACAAUGAUCACAAUGUUUCACAGGUCGAGAGGCUGUUACAGAUGAUUUUGGAAAUGAAAAAGAAAAAUGGAAAUACUGACACAGAACGCUAUUUAUCUUGUGUGGAAUCAGAGAAAAAAAACUGCAGAAUUCAGUAAAGACCGGCAAUUAAUUGUUCUGCGCUAGUAGUUUGAAAAACUCAAAUAAUACACAGUACAUCAAAUAAUAGACAGUACAUCAGUGUUAUGUUGCAUGUAUUAUCAAGCGUAAGUACAAAUAAAGAUGUGUGUUUUCUUCAAAAAGGCUAGUGCAUUACUGUUUCAUCGGUCAUGUAGAAACAGCUAGGUCAAAACUAAAACUUCUGAAACUCAUGAAAGGCACAGAAAACAAAUGUGCCAACUUCUGCACGUCGUUUUUUAGUCAGAGGCAAGUAUUCAAAGAAUGCGGUCCUACACGUUACAGACAUGUUUGCUUACACUAAGCUUGCAUCCUGACAGCAAGAGAUUGUAAACUACAUUCUGACUGGUUUGAUAAUUAAGAUUUCUUCCUUGUAUGAAAAAUCGAUGAAGAAUGUAUUUCCUUCUGAAAAACAUACUGCACAUCUGAUCAACAGAAAACACAUGCAGGUGCACUGAUUCCUCUUCUGAUUAUUGAUAUGUUUAUUACAUAUAUAUAUAUUCCUUUUCUUGUUUAUGUUCUAGUUUAAAUAUUAAUACCAUUUUUUUCUUGUGCUGAACACAAACAAAUAUAUUUUGAAAUAUGUGGAAAAAGUUGAUGGUCCCUAUUAAAUUCCACAGUAUAUACAAAAAUACUAUAGAAGUCAAUGUCAUCAGCUAAAAAAUAAAUCAGUUGUGUUUACUUUAAAAUGCUGUUGCUAUGAUCUUCACAGAAAAAAUAUAUAGUUACAACAUAGUAGGUUUUACAAAUUACUAAUAUCUGUUUUGAACAAUCGCUGCAUAAUGAAGCAGAGAAACAUCUAACGUGAAGUGCACAGAAUUCUGGGAUUUUUUUUUUUACUGUAAAUUAUACAAUGACUUCUCUUUUCUCUAUACAUUGGACUACAGUAUACAUUAAAUGUAACAACUAUUAACUAUAGUAUGGAAACUAUUUAUCCUGUUUUUACUAUAGCAUUUUUACUGUUAAAAUCACGAUCAUUCUGCACAUGAUCUCCUUUCAUUUUUUCUUAUAAAUGUUUCAUUAUGCAAUAUUUUUAUUACAUAUUUAAAAGAGACUGAAUCCAAGAUUUGAUCAUAACAUAGUAUCAUAAGAGAUUUACAAGCGAUUUUAAAAGGCUGGAUAUUUUUACAUCAAAAUUAGGUUAAAAAAUAGGUUUUUCAGGGCAGCAUGAAGGUUAAAAACAUGUUUUCUAAGAACUAACAAAAAGUUCCUGGAGCAAAAUCAUGUUGUUUAACUAAUAAACCAAAAGCGUUUAUGAAGCAAAUUAAGAUGCUUCGUAUAAAAAGGUCUAACAAAUGAAUAAAUGUACAAAGGCAAGUUUUCUAGUCAGUAAAAAUAUUUUAUUAUGUUAUCAAUUUUUCAUUUUAUUCUGUAUUUAUUCAUUUAUUUAUUCAUUUGAUGGGCAAAAAUGGAUGUGCAAACAGCUCUUGCUUUUACAUGAUGAACGUUUUACUUCUAAUGAACACUUUUACAGUUUUACUCUUAUACAAAGAUUAGAGAUUUUAACAUAUUUUAAAAUACAAUGGAAAAAAAUACUGUUAUACAUAAAUAUUCAUAGAUUACUUGAAGAAGAUAGAAUGAAGACAGUUAUACAUUUAUGUCUACAGUAUUUUACAACAGACUUCUGAUGUAUUUAAUUAUAGUAUCACUAUAUUAAGCUUACCAGUAGAUUCCCUGCCUGAACUGGAUUGACUAUUAAUAUCUGCUGUAUCAAGUUAAGACAAGUCUUAAACAUAUUUAUGGAAAAAUCAAAGGUCAUAUGCGAUCCAGUACAUUAAGUAGUUCAGAUAUAUAAUGACUGAUCUCAAACAAAGUCUCUGAAAACAAUUCCAAAAUCAAGUGCCUUCAUAUUAGAUUCACAAGCAUCUACGUAUAAUUAUUCAUUCCACUAUGUGCUGCACAGUCCAAUCAAAAUAACCUCAUAUUCCACUGCGUCACAUCACAUAAAUUGUGUUUAUCUUCCUAAGAUGUCUAAGUCUCUUU